AUGCAAUGCAAAGGCAAAGACGAAAUGAUCGAGAGGUAUCCAAAAGUGGAGAGAAAGAAGAGCUUAUACGGCACUGAGAUGACGAACAUAACGUACUCCAAUUACAUGCAAUUCAAAGGCAAGGACGAAAUAAUGGAGAUGUAUCCAAAAGUGGCGAGAAAGAAGAAGGGACCUCAUGAUGUGAAGCUAGGACAAAUUUCACCACCAGUCAAGCACACUUUGAAGUUUUUAUCAGUAUUUGCCAAUUUCGACCACGUCGGUGAAGUCUUCACGAAAGCCGCAGAGAAGUUGGGAUUUGAAGUGACGGCAGUCAACACCGAUGUCAACGCUUUAGAAGAGUAUCAAGCCAAGUUCCACGAUCUUGUAUUGAUUGAUACAAGGUCCAACAAAGGGCUGGAUUACGAGACGUUAUGUCGGUCAAAAUGA